CACAAAAAUCAGAAGGAGCUUUGAUCCGAACUCCGUAAUAGCCCGUGCUCGUGUGAAGGUAGCUAUCUUUCUUCGGCCAAAUCUAAAUUCGCAAAAUUUCAAAAUUUACUAAGGUCCAAAGGAAGACGGAGGAUUUAUUCUUCCAUGAGGUUAAAUGGGCACUCAAAUCCCGUCAAAUCCUGCUCAAAAUCGACAUAAAUCCUGUUAAAUCCUGCAGGGAAACAGCUCCUAAGCGAUAAGUAUGAUGUUGCUCCGCUUCCUGCUCUGCAGUCGAUGCCGUGUUCUGCUCUGGCCGCCAUCUCAGCUUCGUCGCCUUCCAUCCUCCGCGUCCUCCGGAAAGUCGCCGCCGGCACCGGAUCCCUCCGGCUUGCGAAGAAAUCGCAUGCCCGCAUGGUCAUUCUUGGCUUCCACCAUCAUCCCUUCAUCUGCUCGACUCUUAUCUCCGCAUACUCCCUCUUCGGCUUACCCACCCUAUCCUAUUUAGUCUUCUUCGACUGCUCCGCCCCCAAUAUCUUCCUCUGGAACUCUCUUCUGGCUUCUUUCUCAAACAAUUAUUGCCACUGCCAAGUCCUCACAACAUUCUACAACUUCCGUGCUGUUUCCAGCGACUCCCCCGACGGCUACACUCUUGCCAUUGUCGCUAAGGCUUUGACGGAGCUUUUAGAUUUUAGAAAUGGUAGUGCCAUUCAUUCUCUUGUUAAAAGGCUUGGACUUGUCUCGGAUACUGUGUUGUCCAACACCAUAAUGGUUCUGUAUUUCAAAUGCGGCCAUCCGGAUGAUGCUCGGCACGUGUUCGACGAAAUUCCUGUGAGGAGUGUUGCUUCAUGGAACAGCUUGAUAUCGGAGAAUGUCAAUUUGGAUGGCUGUAAGGAAUGGGAGCUUGUAAGAGAAAUGCAGUUGGAGGGAUUAAAGCCGGAUGGAUUCACUAUCUCUGCUUUGCUUCCUCUCUGUGCUAGAGGAGAUUCUACUGGCUUGAUGUUUGGCCGACAGAUCCAUGGCUACAUUGUGAGGCAGGAGCUUAGAUUGGGCUCAGAGCUUCAUGUUGGGAGCUGCCUCAUAAGCUUUUACUGUAAAUGCGGGGAUGUGACAAUCGGAAAGCGAGUGUUUGAAUGUGAGCUCAGAAGGAAUGUCUUCACUUGGACUGCUAUGAUCUCAGGCUAUGUAGAGAGUGGAGGGUUUGAUGAUGCUCUGAGACUAUUCUACUCGAUGAAUUAUGUUGAUGGGAUCAUACCCAGUGAGGUCACUAUUGUAACUAUUCUCCCUGCGAUUGGAUCUCUUGCAGCUUUAGAUAAUGGGAAGCAAAUUCAUGGCUUCUCCUUCAGACAUUGCUUGAAUGCUGAAACUUCUGUAAGCAAUGCUUUGAUUGAUAUGUAUUCAAAAUGUGGGAACUUGGUUUCUGCAAGGAAUGUUUUUGAUGAUGAAUUAUGGCUUAAAGAUGCUAUUUCAUGGAGCUCUAUUAUCUCAUGCUAUGGUAUUCAUGGCAUGGGGGAGGAAGCUCUUUUUCUGUUUAAGAGAAUGUGCAGUCUUGGGAUAAAACUGGACCAUAUAACUGGUGUGGCAGUUCUUUCGGCUUGUGGCCGUGCGGGUUUGGUGAAAGAAGGUAUGGUGAUUUACAGUUCAAUGGUAAAAAAUUAUGGUGUUAUUCCCAGUGAUGAGAUGUGUUCAUGCAUGGUUGAUAUGUUGGGCAGAGUUGGCCAACUAGAACAAGCUUUGGAUUUCAUCAAUUCAAUGCAGUUUGAACCAGGCUCUAGCAUUUGGGGUGCUCUUUCUGGAGCUGCUGCCUCUCACCACAACCAUGAAAUUCAACAUUUGGCUAGUAACUUUCUCAUUGAAACUGAACCAGAGAACCCUUCUCAUUAUGUGUCCCUUUCGAACUUUCAUGCUUCGUUUGGAAGAUGGGAUGUUGUUGCAGAAGUAAGGGAAAGAAUGAUGUUGAAAGGAUUGAGAAAGACUCCUGGUAUUAGUUGGAUUGAUGUCAAUGGUAAGGUUCACUCCUUUUAUGUUGCUGAUAAGUCUCAUUUGUGCUCAAAUAUGAUUUAUGAAGUUUUGGAUAACCUUUCCUAUGAAAUGAAAGAAGCCACUAACUUUCAUAACAUAACUUCUGACUGGAUAUGAAGAUAUUUUCAAAAUGCUAAGAGCAUCUCCAACCGAACGGCAAACAACUGUUUUCCGUUCUUCCGUCGCUCCAACCGAGCGGCAAUUCUUAUGCUAUUUCAUCGCGGAUGAACAAUGCGAUGCCAAUAUUGGUGUUGCACUGUUCAUCUUCGCCAUUUUUUGGUCUCUACUGAACUUGCCGAAGAAACGCGCGAAAGAAGAGAAUGACCAUUACGGGGCAAAAUGGAGUUCGAUUGGAGAUGAAUCACGAUAUUUUUUAGUUUCACAGCAUUUUGGAGUGAAAAAUGAAAUUUUCGGUUGGAGAUGCCCUAACAAAGACAGAGAAGACAAAGAAAGUUCAAAUACUUUCAGCCAAAUUCAAUGCAAAGCACAUAAAGGUAAUAUAAUUCCUGGAAGGCUACUUCACAAUAGUGUGGAUUGUGUUCGACUGAUUAUGAAAGAAUGUUGAGAACUUGGAGGAUAUUUUGAGUGUUAAAAAAAAUAUAUUGUGCUCCAUGAUGAAGAAAUUUGAAAAUGUUAAGCUUUCGAUUGAAAAACCAAAGGUCUUGCAAUGUAUAUGCUCCUCCAAUGCUUUAUGUUAAUAUUAUGCAUGUUGAAAAAUGAAUAAAUAUUACGUUUCAAGAUGAACUUAUUAUUGGGCAAUCAAA